CCAGAAAUCAAGAAUAUCAGUAACAAACCUCCUUUACGUGACAGAAAGAAAUCAUCACAUAUGACAUGAAGCAUUUGCAGUUUCACUUCCAUCUUUCAAUGCAUGCCUUCUCCUCCUCCUACCACCACCACCUUCCUUCUUAUUUCCAUCUCAUGUAUAAUUUAUGAUUCUCCCUCUCGAAACUGAAAUUUGAUCCAAUUCCCCAACUGGGUUUUGUUUAUCAUCUCCUUUAGUUCAUCCUUUUGAGAGUUUCUCUUGGAAUUUGUAAACUUUUUCCGCAAUCUUUAUUUUAAUGGGUUUUUAUUCUUGUUUAUGGAUUUGAUGCAGGAGAUUAGUUGCUAACCAAAAGAUGAACGCAUGGACAGGUUGCUUUGAUCCUGACUCCAUGGUGGAAGGACUAGAUGAUGGAGUUUCCCAGGUUUUGAAACCUUCAACACUCAUGGUAGGAAGCCAUAAUAGCUCUGCAGAGAAUCUCAAGCUGUCUACAGAAGAGCUAUCUUACCAGUAUAGCAAUACUCGCCGAGAAGAGCCUGCUUCUGCCGCCAUGGAACUCCAACUUCAGAAUCAACGGAUGGCUUUUAAUACCCAUUUGAUGAAGGAUUCUUCCGAUCAACCUGUGGCUUUCCCUUCAUCUUCUUUCCCAAAUUCUUUCAUCUCCUUCAUGAACCCUACUCAUACAACUCCACUGAGUGACCUUCAAAGGACAGAUACAUUAGAUGCCUCGCACAGACGUUUUGGCACAGAGGUUGAAAGAAGACGAGAAAUGCAGGACAAGUACCAAACCUUGAGAAAUUUGAUUCCUAAUCCUAACCCUACCAAGUAUGAUAGAGCAUCUGUGAUAGGAGAUGCAGUAGAGUAUGUAAAAGAGCUUCUUCAAACUGUAAAUGAGCUGAAAAUACUAGUGGAGAAAAAGAGACGUGCAAGAGAAAUGAGCAAGGGACACAACGAAGAAGAUUCCAUAGAGAAUAAGGGCCAUAAGCAUGAGAGCUCGUCUGUCAUGGAGCCCCUUGGUGACCCAGAUGAUCAGUCCAAUAAUGGAUCAUUAAGAAACUCUUGGAUUCAAAGAAAAUCCAAGGACACAGGUGUUGAUGUUACAAUAGUAGGCGAUGAAGUUACUAUCAAACUUGUCCAAAGAAAGAACCUCAAUUGCUUGCUUUCUGUGUCCAAAGUCCUUGAUGAACUUCAGCUUGAUCUCUAUCAUGUCGCUGGUGGCCACAAUAAUGAUCACUACAGCUUUCUGUUCAAAACUAAGAUAUAUGAAGGAUCAUCAGUUGAAGCAAGUGCCCUUGCAGACAAGCUGAUUGAGAUGCCACUCGAUCCCUUACCUUUCUCCAACUCUAUACAAUUGACAGAGGUUCCUGUUAAAGUUAAUAUUGAUAAGUGUCAAAUCCCAGGGACAGUUCUUGAUUCUAACCAGGGCGGUCUUAAAGUGGUUGAUGUAAUUGAUGAUGGGAAACCUGGCUGGAAUAUGAAAGAGAAAGGCUUGUUAUUUUCAGUAUUGAAGCUGAUAGUUGUGUUUGCUUUGGCUUUAAGCACGACAACAACUGCUGUUGGGAUAAUAAUGUCAGCUUUUCUUCUCAUAUUUAUUGACUAUGUCGGAAAACGUCUGGUUUGCUUGUUGAAACCAUGGUUUUUGGCGUUUCCACCUAUCCUGAGAGCUUGUUCCUUGUUUGGAGGAGUCAGGAGGUAUUCCAAGAAAAGAUGGAUCAAUGCAGAGGAAUAUCAAAGUGUUUCUGAUUCCUGUGAGUUGAUUGGGUGUCUUGAAUUCAACUCUCCGGUCUAAGAAUUGGGACCUACAUCUUUGCGAUUCAUCGCAGUAAAACUUACAUAGAAUCAUUAUGAACCGUUAUAUAUAGAAUGAUUGUAUUAUAAAAUUCUCUUUUUUUUUUUUUCAGAUUUUGUAUAUUAAUUUUCUCGUGCUUUAAUCAGAAUC